AUGUCAACAUCUUUGCACUCGAACUUGAAGUCGCAAACCGAUGAGACCCCCAGAGCAUAUCCUCUGUCGAAUAAGUCAACCGUAGAGACAAGUCGCUUGGACUAUCAACAUGCCGUCUUUACCAUUCGAACUCGCGGACUCCACCGUGCUUCGUUCUCUCAAUCUCCACGCCAAGUGCUCGAUCUUGGAUGCGGAACAGGAAUUUGGACUCGUCAGUUCGCCGCUAAGCAUUCAGAUUCAACAGUUCUGGGAGUCGACCUGAAUCUAGCAUUGGCAGACGAAACCGACGAGAAUAAACGACCUCAAAAUUGUUCAUUCAUUACAGCGGAUAUCGAGAAAGAAUGGGAGUUCUCUUCUCAGUCUGAUUAUAUCUACAUGAGAAUGAUCAUGAUCGCCGUGAAAGAUUGGUCUGCCUUGCUCCGGCGGACUUUUGACAAUCUGAGCCCCGGCGGUCAACUAGAAGUUUUUGAUGGAUUGAUGCAUCUAACAGCAGAUGAUGGAAGCACCGCGGCUAACUCAGCGGCGAUUCACUGGUUCGAACUAUCCAAGGAAUAUCUCGCGAAACACGACAUUGCAUGGGAUCUUUCUCGAAACUUGCCUGAGCAAAUGACCAAGGCUGGAUUCGAGGUGAUCGAAAGUGAUACUAUAAAGAUGAACCUGUAUCCGGAUAGUCGAGAUCCGGAAGCUGAUCGCGACUGGGUCGCUGCAAAUUAUCGUAACGAUAUCUCUGACAUUGUCCACGGAAUGACCAAGCGCAUGCGAACGGAUCUUGCCAGUCGAAUGUCGCCGGAAGAGUGGGACACCCUGGAACAGAAUGCUAGACGUGAAAUCCUGGAAGAGUCUGAACAGCGAGGCUUCCAUACUACACUAUAUGUCCGAGUUGCACGCAAACCCGAGCUUGGCUUGAACUAG